AAAUGACAGCGGAGCGACCUGGGACGGGGCUCCCGGGAGGACCUGAGGGGCCGCGGAUGCUGGGGUUCCGGGGAGUCUCUGGGGUUCAGUUUGCCGCAGUCUUCCCGCUGCUGUUGUCUGCGGCAGUAACCGGGGCUGGGGCUGAGAAUGACUUCAGCCUGGUUCAGCCGCUGGUGACCAUGGAGCAGCUGCUGUGGCUGAGCGGCAGGCAGAUCGGCUCUGUGGACACCUUCCGCAUCCCGCUGAUCACAGCCACUCCUCGGGGCACCCUUCUUGCCUUCGCCGAGGCCAGGAAAAUGUCCACCUCGGAUGAGGGGGCUAAGUUCAUCGCUCUGCGGAGGUCCUUAGACCAAGGCAGCACAUGGUCUCCGACAGCAUUCAUUGUGGAUGAUGGGGAGACUCCAGAUGGGCUGAACCUGGGGGCAGUGGUGAGCGAUACUGAGACGGGGGUGGUGUUCCUUUUCUACCCCCUCUGUGCUCACAAGGCUGGCUGCCAGGUGGCCUCCACCAUGUUGGUGUGGAGCAAGGAUGACGGUGUCUCCUGGAGCCCACCCCGGAACCUCUCCAUGGAUAUCGGCACCGAGAUGUUUGCCCCUGGACCGGGCUCUGGCAUUCAGAAACAGCGGGAGCCACGAAAGGGUCGGCUCAUCGUGUGUGGCCACGGGACGCUGGAACGGGACGGGGUCUUCUGCCUCCUCAGCGAUGACCACGGCGCCUCCUGGCGCUAUGGUAGUGGGGUCAGCGGCAUCCCCUACGGCCAGCCCAAGCGGGAAAAUGAUUUCAACCCUGAUGAGUGCCAGCCGUAUGAGCUCCCAGAUGGCUCAGUUGUCAUCAAUGCCCGGAACCAGAACAACUACCACUGCCGCUGCCGAAUCGUCCUCCGCAGCUACGACGCCUGUGAUACACUGAGGCCCCGGGACGUGACCUUCGACCCUGAGCUCGUGGACCCUGUGGUUGCAGCAGGAGCUGUAGCCACCAGCACCGGCAUUGUCUUCUUCUCCAACCCAGCCCAUCCAGAGUUCCGAGUGAACUUGACCCUGCGCUGGAGCUUCAGCAAUGGCACCUCCUGGAGGAAAGAGACGGUCCAGCUCUGGCCAGGGCCCAGUGGCUACUCAUCGCUGGCAGCCCUGGAGGGCACUGUGGGUGGGGAGGACCAGGCCCCCCAGCUCUUCAUCCUGUAUGAGAAAGGCCGGAAUUACUACACAGAGAGCAUCUCCCUGGCUAAAGUCAGCGUGUAUGGGACACUCUGAACUGUACGCCUGCCACAGGGGUGGAAGCCCAAACUCAGCCUUCAGGACCAAGGGCCUGCAGAGGGUCUGCUGGGCAUGCCCAAAAGACAGUUCCACCUUCCUUUAGACUCUAGCCUUUUGCAAAAUCAACUUUUGACAGGGAAAUUACUUCGUUAGAACUGAAAACCUGGCUUCUCCUGCACAGGAAGUCCUGCCCCACCUGGGAGCUCUUCCUUCCCAUGUCCAGGUUGCUGGGCCUGGCCCCCACCUUUCUGCCCUCCCAGGACAUUGAUUGGUCCAUUUCUUGGGCCUAUAGAAUUGAAUAAAUGUGAACUCAGGGAACUGAGGAAGGCUGA